CCAGCCAGCACGUACAGUACGGGUUACAGUGAACAGAACAAUCGCCGUAUGUUCUGUCAAGCCCAUUGCUGUCAGGGACUCUAGUUCCAGGGAUCUGAGCAGCAGAACUGCGAUGGACCUUUUCGAGUUUGACUUCUUCAGAGACUGGGAAUUGGAGCAAUCGUGUCACUACGAACAGGAUCGGAAUGCGCUGCGGAGGAAGGAAUGGGAAAGACGGAACCAGGAAGUCCAUCAAGAUGAGGAUCUGUUUGCUUCAAGUUUUAAUCUGUUCAGUGAACCCUACAAGACCAGCAAGGGUGAUGCUCUUUCCAAUCGUGUGCAGAGUACACUAGGGAACUAUGAUGAAAUGAAGGAUCUGUUAACGAACCGCUCGAACCAGAGUCACCUUGUGGGGAUCCCCAAGUCUUUGAUUCCUCAGACCCCUGUCGAGAAAAUGGAGCAGAGUUUCUUCACCGAGCCAAGAACCAAAAUGGCGCCGUCCCACCAAAGUAGCAGCCAUUCCUCAACGUGCAUGCCCCCACCUUCCUCCUCUUUGUCGUUGAGUUCAACAUUGCUGCAUGGGCACCAGAGCAACAAGAAAUCCCGGAUGGACUGGUCUCGCAGUGGUCACGGCUCCGGGAGUGGACAUGGUGUGCAGUCUAAUAGUCAGUCCAGUAAUCAGCAGAGCAGAGGAAAGCAUCCUGUCACACAUGAACAAGCGCAGGACAGGUACAAUGACCUUUACAGCAGUCAGACCGAGCAGCACAAAGGUGAUCACCAGGCUGGUGUGGAUGAGUGCGUUAAGUCGCAGUCAUCUAGCCCCAAUACCACUUCACGUUCCAAAAGACACAGCCACUCCAAAUCCAGUAGUGGAGAUCAUUCCUAUAAAGACAGCUGUCAUGUAAAGUCUCCUGUUGAUGGUGACGCUACUUCCCUUGCUUCUGGAUCCCCAGCCCCUUCUACAUCACUGAUACCCAGUAGCAGUGCACUCUCUGCUCAGAAUUUCCCUCCAGGACUUUAUUCCAAGUCAAACAUGGUACAGCAGAAGCCCACUGCUUAUGUAAGACCUAUGGAUGGGCAGGACCAAGCUCCUAUUGAGUCACCUGAGCUGAAACCACUAAUGGAAAUCGAGGAUGCUUUUAGCAGCCAGUUGUUUGGGAGCCUCCUGGAUGGAAAGCCCAGCACAGCAAGUGCCAAGUGCAAGUUGCCAAAGCUGACAAUCCCUCAACCUGGUGAGGUCAGCCUUUCCAACGAGACCAGCUGUGUGGAAGAAAUACUCCGGGAGAUGACACAUUCGUGGCCUCCUCCCCUAACAGCCAUACACACACCUGGCAAGGCCGAACCAACCAAGUUCCCGAUCCCAAACAAGGACUCUCAGCAUCUAACCUCCGGGUACAAUGGGCAAAAGCGCUGUGAUGUUCAAGGAAAACCUCCGACAAAGUCUGCGCCACAGAAAUCGAUGCUGGAAGAUGACCUGAAGCUCAGCAGUGAUGAGGAUGACAGUGAACAGGUCGAGAAAACCAAGAUUCGACCCAUUGCUGUAAACAGCAUCACCUUGCAGAAUUCCCACGGCGCAGGCUCUGGCCAUUCCAGCGGCGGAUGCAGCAGCUCCAGCGAGUCCGGGAGCAGCUCAGAAUCUGACUCGGACAGUGAAAGCAGCUCCAGUGACAGUGAGUGCAAUGAGGACUCACGCAGUGCAACACCAGAGCCUGAACCACCAUCUACCAAUAAAUGGCAGUUGGAUAAAUGGCUGAAAGUCCAUUCACACAACAAGACCAUCAUUAACAACCAAACCGAAUGCGAUGGACUCAGUGAUUCUCAGUCUCAAAGCAAUCAACAGAACGAUGAAGAGAUCAAAGGGAAGCAGGCGAUUUCACUGCCCCAGCCAGAUUCCAAAGAUCGGGUUUUACUCAGCCCCAUCAGGGAGAAAGCUAAACCAAGGACUGCACAGAAAACCCCGGAAGGAAAGAGCGGGAAACAAAAGUCCCCCGUACCCAAUGAGCCAGCUGCACCGAGGAGGACCACAGGUAAAAAGCAGCCCAGGAGAGCGGAAUGCACCCCCAACUUGGAGGAACAGAACUGGGCCAAGCCAAAUAACCCCUGCAGCGCUCCCAAAGAAAGAGAGGGUCGAGCUACAGCAGAACAGCCCAAAGCAAAGCCCAGAGCAGCCAGUAACAAAACAGGACCUAGGAAAGAGCCAAGGACUAGCACAGUGCCCGUUGCUGACAAGAAAAAGCACAGGAUGCCUGGCAAGAUUGUGCCUAAAUCGAGAGAGUUUGUGGAGACAGAUUCGUCUGAUUCCCACACGGAUCAAGAUGAACACGUGCCAGUGAAAAUCUCAGCGAGUUCUGCAGCCACAACAAACUCGCUCAAACCUAAGGACAAUGAGAGCAUCAAUAACUGCCCGAGCAAUGCUUCAGUUGACCAAGUUACUACCGACUUGGAGGAACCUUCAUUUUCGCCUCUUCCGCUGCCACAAAACGAACUUCUUUCGCCCCUGAGAGACUACGAGGAAAUUAAAUCGCUUUGGGUGAAAUUUGAUCUCAGUCUCUUGUCCAGGAUUCCUGGUCAAACCCCAGCAGAGACAGUUCCAACCAAGGCAGAGAUAAGACAGUCCAAUAGUAAAUACAACUAUCAGUCCCCUACUCCUGUGACAGAUAAAAACUCCAUCAAAACAAAACGGAAACACAAGCAGAUAGAAAACACGGAAACUCUCUGUGAUAGCAAGAAGCAACGUGUGGAGAGGGAGAUAACCGCCCCUACACUUGUACCUGUCAGUUGCCCUAUUAACUCCAGUCACAAGAUUCUGAACAGCAAAGAACUAUCGAAACAGCUGACAAAGCGGGAGAGGAAGUUCCCACCCCCACUGUCGCCAUUGCCAGAUGAGCCUGAACCCAAGCGACGGAACAGCGAGAGCAACUCCCUCAGCCAGGAGAUCAACAGCAACUCCAUACCAACCAGUGCCUCACAGUCUUCUGUACAAUACAAGCACCGGAAAACUGACAGCAAGUGCUCCUCCCAUGCGAAAAACCCCAUCGAGAUUGAAUCACAUCCUAACUCAUCAAGCAUUAGCCAUGAAAAUGGCCAGCCACAAGCAGAUCCCUGGACAUUAAUAUCCAAUGGUCAUUCAGAGCCAAGAAGACCUAAAUUAACUUUUGAUGACACGUCUCAUAAUGCUGAUUACUACAUGCAAGAGGCCAAGAAGCUGAAACACAGAGCUGAUGCACUGCUUGAUAAGUUUGGAAAAGCAGUUAAUUAUGCAGAUGCAGCACUAUCAUUCAUUGAAUGUGGAAAUGCUAUGGAGCGUGAUCCAUUAGAAGCAAAAUCCCCAUACACCAUGUAUUCUGAGACAGUGGAACUCAUCAGGUACGCUAUGAGGUUAAAGAAUUUCACUGGUUCCAUGGCCACAGUAGCUGAUAAGAAAUUGGCUGUCUUAUGUUACCGAUGCCUUUCACUUCUCUAUUUGCGAAUGUUCAGACUUAAGAAAGACCAUGCCAUGAAGUACUCCCGAUCCUUGAUGGAAUAUUUUAAGAGUUCCUCAAAAGCCUCACAAGCUCCUUCUCCUUGGGGAACGAAUGGAAAAACCACAGGAACAGCCUCCCCUCUAUCUCCCAGCCCAUCUCCAGUCAGCUCAGUUGGGUCUCACGGGAGCUACACAAGUACGACAGGCUCUUCACCCUCAGCAACCAUCAGCAUUCCGCAACGGAUUCACCACAUGGCUGCCAGUCACGUGAACAUCACCAACAACAUCCUCAGGAGUUACGAGCACUGGGACACAGCUGACAAGCUGGCCAGAGAGAAUAAAGAUUUUUUUCAUGAGCUGGACACGCUGAUGGGACCAUUAACGCAGCACAGCAACAUGACUACCUUGGUUCGGUACACUCGGCAGGGACUGCAUUGGCUGAGGGUAGAAGCUCAUUUAUUAUAGUGACUGUGCUGCACGCUCCUUUUUUUGCAUUUCCAGCUCUACCUCUGCCAGGACCACGACUGGUGGAAUCCCUGCUACUCCAAGGCUGCAAACUGAGUCACCGAUGACACGUCUCCUCUAGCCGUACUUCAGACUCGUGGUGAUGUUAUGGAGCUGGUUGACACUCCUCCCAUCAGAGGAGCUGUACCCCUAGUACUUCAAAGGAAAAAGCGCCAACAUCACACGUUUUGUGCUUGUCUGUUUCCCGUGGUACUUCACUGACUUCUUCGGUCUCUGGAACGACAGAGUCCUGAGGCAUUUUGCCACGUCCUAUACUGCCUAGAGGCCAAGACAAACUAGGACCAUGUUUGAGAUGGAAACGAAGAGUGCCUGAGAAAAAAUGCAAUGCCUCACAAGAAAGCGAGUGUGUUGAGUUACUGCUGGAGAACCCCAAAAAGAAAUUGCUCUCGAAGAAUCAAUCCUUGAGCUUUCUCGCACUUUGGGUAACCCAGAAUAUGUGAAGAACAUGCUACGUUGUGACAGAGUGCUGAAGGGGUCAGAUUGCGGCAUAAGGUCAAAACUGAAGAGUCUAACAUGUAAACGGUGGAGUCAUUUGACUCUGUAUUUUAUACCUUCUUUUUGAAGCUAAAAGAAACUGUACACAGGUAGAAAUGGAAAAUUGUGCAUUAAAUUGAAGUGCUCUGUCUGUGUUUUCCGUGGAGUGAAAACUCAUCAUCUUACAUGUUGUAUGGUAUGCCUUAGAGAUUUGUGAUCACAAGCACUUUUUUUUGAGAAUAUUUAUUAGGAUUUAAGUCCUAACACCUAGUUGGUGUGUGAAGAAAGAAUUCCAUGGUCAUAGCCUCAGCAUUUAUUAGGACGUCUCCAAAGCUGAGGCCAUUUUAUCCUCGAAGGUGCAUUCAACCUUUCAGAUUUACAUGGCAAAAUCAUCAGAAGCAUCCCAUCUAUCUUUUUUCUUCCAUUCCAGGGGAUCAUUUCCUUUCAUAGUCUCGCAACUCUUUUUUUUUUGAGUUAUCGCAUGCAACAUGUCAACCCACAACCAAUUUUGGGAAAAGAAUACUGUCUGCAUAUAAAAGUGAUGGUAAUAAUUUGCAAAUUGAAAAUUUGAGGAGAACAGAAGGAAGGGAGGACGUUCAAAGACCUAAGGUUUUGCCCAAGAUGGACAAAAGAGUUAAAAGAAAAGGGCUUGGAAUUGCAUUAUGGAAAGUAACUGGCAGGCACUUUUAACAUGCUCAUCUGAAGUUCCUCAGUGCUUUUUAGCGGGUGAGAGGAGGUAACCUGUUUCAACUACGUGAGUUGGUCUUGAUAAUGGAAGAGGAAGUUCAGAAAGAGGCAUCAAGUGCUUGUACCUCAUGGGGUGAGUUCAGGAUCAAGGCUUUCUCCCCGAAUGCUAGCUGACCACUCAAGCCUGACAAGGAGCCGUGAUGCCAGGUUACAUCAAAAUGAAUCCUGGUUUAAGAUGACCAAAAUAAAUGGCACAAGGAAUCCUCUUCACUUAGCGAGAAUCUCAUCUGAGGCUUUUAUGUAGCCAACUGGAGGCGAUUAUUGCUGGAAACAUAACAUGCGAUUUCAGUUUUUAUGAAUUAAGUGUCGUUUAGUUGUCCUUAAAGCAUUCCUUAGCCUGUAUCUGGUAAAAGGUGCAAUUAUCAUUAAUGUAAUGUCCAUCACAUGUCAAUAUUGGUUGAGCUUCAAAAGAAAAGUGCAAUGCAGCAAAAUCUUAAAGGAAAACUCAAGCUAAAUGCUUUAAUAAUACACAUAUCUUACAAAUGAAGGCAUCAAAAAGAUUCGGUUACACAAAGCUGUCUGUGCCUUAUUACCUUUUGAAAGCACAGCCGAGUUUAGUAGGAGAUAGCUAGUUUAUGGGGACAAACAACAGAACCUGCAGCCACGCUCACUGGCAAGUCUCAAAAUAUUAGUAUUUUUCAUUUCCCAUACAUGAUUGCUAUUUUAAAAAGACACAGUUGAACCUGCAAAGCUCCUCACCAGUUCCACUCAUUGCACAAUCAUAUGCUUCCAAAUUGUGGGCCUUUUUGACAUGAGAAAGGCAGAUCUAAUUUAUUUUUAUGUACGUGAAUAUAUUGGAAGGAAACAAAACAAUGUACCAAAUGACUUAUGUGAAAUGAUCCCAGUCUGGGUCAGCUGCCUGUCUGUUGUAAGGCGUACAGUGGCUUGGCUCCUUCCUUCUGAUGCUGAGAUAGUGCAACUGUAGAAGCUGUUGUGUUAACCUUUAAGGCAGAGAUUUAAAGACCCAGUUCAGUGGAACAGAUACAUGCUUAAAAGGGAAGUAUUUGCAGAGCUUUGGGGCAAAAACGGGGGAGUGGGACUAAUGGAUAGCUCUUUCAAAGAGCCAGCACAGGUAUGAUGGACCAAAGAGCAUCCUCUGUGCUCUGUCGUUGUUUAAAAUAAAUUGUUCAACGGGCUGCCUCAGAGAUAUCUCAACUGGCAUAUAAUUGAACUGACUUCAGAUUUAUGCCCUACUUUAUCUUCAUAGGGCAUAGUUAGAUAGGUUUAGACAGGGGAGAGAAACUGAGGGCUUGAGUUGCUUAAUCAUGUUAAGUAGGGGACUAAUAAUAGCUCUGGUUGCUCUGUUAAUAUUACCAACACAUAAAAAGGGUGGGAGCAGACCAUCGAAUCCUGUUAGUCAGUGCACCCCUCAUGCUACGGCCCUCCCCAACUACCAAGUAGCGCUAUCUACCAUAACAAGUUUCAGGGAAAACUCUUGGGAAUCCCUGCUGAUUCCCGAAGGCAAUCAAGCAAGCUUUGUAGAAACGGUGGUUACCCCGUAACUUAUCACUAUGCUCAACUGAACCCCCAUGCACUGCCUUUGCUCCAUCCAUUAACUAACAAACAGGAAGACUUUGCCUUAAAUUCUGCCCAGGCUCGGAUGGGGAGCUCUCCGGAGGACAUUUUAAUUGCAGGGCAUAUGGGUCUGGUCAUUGCAAAGGGGCAUCACUGUUUUCUAAGUCCACCUGUAAGGGAUGAACAGUUAUUACCUUUGGAAACAACUUUUUACAUACGCUACAACGUACAUGAGCUUGACCCAUUGGGCAGGACACAAUGUAUUAACUGGGAGAGACACAAUGCAGGAGAAGUAGAACGUUUCAUUGAGGAAGGUCCUAUUCACAAGUGGCAUAGACUCAAGAUAAAGGUAAAAUACUGCGGAUGCUGGAAAUCUGAAACAAAAACAA